GCCCUUGUUUCCCGGCGGAGCGUGUGAGCGAGGCGCAGCCGCCGCCGCCGCCGCCGCCAUGGCGCAGCCGAGGGGCCCCGUGGCCCGGCACAGCGGGAUCAGCAGGGAGCGCUUUCGGCAGGACCUUUACCCGCUGAGAAAGCCAGCAGUGCUGAAAGGAAUAGACUUGGGUACUUGUACAACCAAAUGGACAGUGGAUUACCUCAGCCAAACAGCAGGAACUAAAGAAGUAAAGAUUCAUGUUUCCACAGUGCCACAGAUGGACUUCCUCAGUAAGAACUUUGUAUAUAGAACAUUGCCUUUUGAUGUGUUUAUUCGGAGAGCAGCUGAAGUCAAACAUAACGAGUACUUUAUAUCUGAGGAUGAGAAAUACUACUUGCGAUCACUGGGUGAAGACCCACGAAAGGAUAUCGCAGAUAUCAGAAAGCAGUUUCCUUCAUUAGCAGAAGAUAUUCAGAUACCAGAAUAUUUUGAAAAGGAACAGUUCUUCUCCAGUGUCUUCCGCAUCAGCUCAGCAGGACUGCAACUCUGGACACACUAUGAUAUAAUGGAUAACUUCUUAAUCCAGAUAACAGGAAAAAAAAGAGUUAUACUGUACAAUCCUCGAGAUGCACCAUAUUUGUAUUUAGCAGGCACUAAAUCAGAGGUCUUAAAUGUGGAUAACCCAGACCUGGAGAAAUAUCCCCUUUUUAUGAAAGCCAGGCGCUAUGAAUGUUCUCUUGAAGCAGGUGAUGUGUUGUUCAUUCCAGCUUUAUGGUUCCAUAAUGUAAUUUCUGAAGAAUUUGGAGUGGGAGUGAAUGUCUUUUGGAAGCAUCUUCCUUCUGAGUGCUAUGAUAAGACAGAUACCUAUGGAAACAAAGAUCCUACAGCAGCUUCCAGAGCUGUACAGAUUUUGGACAGGGCUUUGAAAACACUGGAGGAACUGCCUGAGGAAUAUAGGGAUUUUUAUGCCCGAAGAAUGGUUUUACGCAUCCAGGAAAAAGCCUAUAGCACUAACUAUGAAUAAACUGUCAACAAGUCAACCAAGCUCCUCUGAAAGUAGAGAGAAAUACAGAUACGGAUACUGUACCUGAAGACACUUUGAGAAGACUUCAAUAAAAACAUUGUUUGUAGACGAAUACUUAUUUCAUAGCCAAAAGAUGUUGUUUUAAUAGAUCCCAUUUCUACUAAUCCAUAUGAAGUAUAGUCUAUUUGAUUCAGCUGUACAACAAUAAGGGGUCAAUUUAAAAUUAAUUUUAUAUAUAUAUAUAAUUUUAAAUUGACCCCUAUAUAUAUAUAUAUAUAUAUAUAUAUAUAUAUAUAUAUAUAUAUAUAUAUAUAUAUAUGCGCAUAUACACCCAAGUUUGUGUUAUUUAGAACAAUUAUCUUGUUUCCUGGGGGUAGUUUACUUUCAAAUAACUAUCUCAGAAAAUAAAUAUUCCUGAAUAAGA